AUUAAACGUGGAGCUUGCUGGAAAACAUACCGUAGUUUAGACUGCUUAGUGCUAUUAAGAUAACAAUUUAUGGGCUAAUCUAGUUCCUCAUUUAGCGGCGGUACGUGUUGGUUGUCAUGACCGGUUAGACCUACAAAUCUAAUAACCGGACUAAUACUAGAUCUGGUUAACUAUAAAGCUAUAAUUGAGUUGGUUGCUUUGAAAUGCAACUUGCGUGAAUUAUUUUUGUUUAAUAAAUGCUUUACUUAGUUUGGAAUAAUACUACAACGAUGCAAAAAGGUUGACAACUCUAACAGGGUCAUGACUUCAACUCAACUCCCAACUCAACUCCCAACCUGGGUUUAAAGGCUUCUACACCCAGGUCUGGGGUUCAAAUCCCAGACUAUGCAAUUUAUUGCAGAUUACAGGAAAUCCAGGUUUCAAGUCCCGGAGAGAGCGGUUUAUUAAACAAUUAUGCAGCAGACUACAGAGGAAAGGCUUGCAAGGGAUCUUCAACAUGGUGCAAGUAAAUCUGGCCAGGCGUGGAUCUUCAUAGGACGGCUCAGGUGAUGCAGUUAGGCGUAGGUCUUCAUAAGGCAGGUAGUAUUGUCGGUUGUCGAAUCGUCUAUGUAAUAUUUCCUAUAUCAUAAUUGUAAGAUCAUAAUAAAUCAGCGUUAAAAAAAAAAAGAAGAUAACACAGAUAGAAAAGGGAUAUUGGUCAUCAAUGAAUGAUUAGUCUUUGAUUAAAUUAGGACCACUUAAAAGAGUUAAUAGCACUACUUGUAGAAGAGAAUAAUUAGAACAUAACUUUACAUGUUCCUAAUUAAUUAAUAAUUAAAGACUUCUAACAUCUUACCAAAUUAUUGGCCACUAUUUGUUAUACAUCAAUUAUGUAUAUAGUUGGUUAAUUUUUUGUCAAUACGUAUAUAGUUGGUUUUAGUUUAAAUGUUAGGUUUUAUCCUUUUGUAGCAUUGUGGUGAAUGUUUUCUAUAACCGAAUGAUCUUUCUAUCACGAAUUCAUAUUUCAAGAAUGUUCUCAUUGUUUGAAAAUGUACAUGCAUGUAACUCGUGCAGUAUAGUAUAUAUAUAUAUAUAUCAUAUAUGGUUUACAAACUUAUGAUUUUGUCAAUCUGUAUACAGUUGGUUAUCGUUUAUAUCAAGUGGUAAAUGUGUUUUUAGUCAAAUGUUAUUUUUAUUUCGUUGCAACUUCCGUUGUUUUAUUUUUUUCACCUUAUUACACAUCCAUAUUUCAAGAAUUUUUUCACUGUAUGGUAUGAUUUUAUAAUGUAAAUGUAGACUUGUAUAUAAUCCACCUCAAAAUAUUUUAUUUUAUUUAUAAAUGGAAUAAUAUGGCUACAAUCAUAUCAUGUUACUUCGUCACGAAAAGAAAGCCAAAAACACAAACGGUGUAUUAACAGAUAGACGGUUCAUUUCACGCUUCGCAGACAUUAACCCAUGAGAUUCCGGAACAACACGCAGUUUUUACAAGGGUAUUAAGAAUGCCACGCAUGUCGUUGAAAUCUUUCCUUAAAGAAUGGGCCUUAAAAAGAACCAUAUUUACCUUAAACCCAUUAAUAGCCCAAUAGCCGUUUGUAAAUAAGAGUUUCUGGUAGGCCAAUACAUAUUCCAUUUUUAUAAUUCUGAAAAUAUUUAUUAGAUUUUGUUCUAAAUGUCGGCAGAUAUCUUAGGUGUCUUUAAAUAGAUAGCGUAACCCUCAGUAUCACUUAUUUUCACAAUCGCAAUUCUGAUUCUCUCUCUCUCUUAGCAUAACAAUACAGUCAUUAGGGUUUUCUUUUCACCGUCUCUCGCUAUUCGACUUUGAAACCACAUAGAAGCGUCUUCUUCGUGAUCUGAAAACCUAUAUUCGAUUCGGUGAUGUCUAAAUCGAAGAUGGAAAUAAAGGUGCAACUAAAAGAGAAGAACAAGGAGGAAGACUUGGCAAGCAAGCAAGUCUCAGAUGAACUUGAGAAGAGUUGUUUGACAGAAGAAGAAGAUGAAGACUAUUUGUCUGAUCAGAACAGUAAGAAGAGGACAAGAGUACUUAAGACAACUUCUGAAUCAGAGCAAAGAAAGAAGCGCAAGUCAAGCAAAGAACCUCGCUACAAUAAUACGUCGUCGUUUGAUGACUGGCUUUUCGUUGGUACCGUUAAUCCGCAAAAGAAGGCUAUCAAGAUUGAUGAUGAAGACAUGAACUUAAAGGUGGAGAGGUCAUCAUCAUCAGCAUGUGGAGGUUGCUUUUUCCCCAAGGCUCAGUUUUUGUCUGAAGUUGGAAUCUAUUCAUUACCAUAUACAGUCUUGUUUUAGGCCUUUGUUGUGGGCUCUAUGACUAACUCUCUCAGAGUGGGUUCAUGUAUUUUUUGUUAUUGGGCUACUAAUCUUUCCAAUCAUGUAAUCAACUAAGAACAUACCAUUAUUAGAUCCUUUUUUAUGGGAGCAAACUUAUUAGAUCAAUAUAAUAUAACAAUGAACUUAUAUAACCAACUAUUAUUUUGACUAUGAUUUUAAAAUUAGUAAUGAUAAGCAUAUCAAUGGAGAAUAUAUACAGCAAGUUUAAAGCAGGCUUGGCAUAAAGUUGAUAUGUGGAUGAUGAGUGGAAUUGUCAAUGAGACUAACUAAGAUUGGUUGGUCAGAUCCGGCUAAUUAAACAAAACUUGUGCAUGGGCAUUGGAAACAAAUUGUUUUGUAUUUUAUGAUCAUGUUUCCGUAAGUAACUGCCAAUUAUUAUAUAUACAGAUAUGGCCUUUUAAGAGAAGUAAAAUUUUAUAAAAGGACACAUGAAGACAAUAACAAUAAGGUGUUUGAUAUAAGUUAACGAAAGAAAGACACCCAGGCUGUCACAAAGAUCAACUUCUCGUUGAUGGUUUUGCUUCAAGAGGUCUUCCUCUGUUCCGUUCGUGCACAAUCCCAGUUUUCUUCAAAUGGAUAAAUAUAAUAUUACAUGUAUGCGUGUCUAUAUUCAUAUACAAUUGGACUUGGACGUUUAUUGAUAUAAAUAUAAGGAUGUGUUAUUUAAUUAAAGGUUGCUGGGAUUUUGAAAAAGACGUCGCAGCCAACGGUUACUCGAUCUUUCUUGUGGGUUUCAUAUCUACGCAGCCUACCUGAGGUUGUUGCCGCACAUAUAAGCUGUCUACUAACUAAAAACUGGUAUUUGUAAACUAUUUGUGUAUGUUUUUAUGUUGGCUCUAGAUUUGUUAAUUUUGGCCUAAUUGUUGCAUUGAACAUUAAGAAUAGAGUGCUCAUCAUGAUGUAAGAGAUAUAACACUCAUUUUUACCUUAAGUUGGAUAAUGGCUGGAUUUAAUAUUUACCAGGCCAUAUUAGGUUAUAAUUUUCUUAAAUAUAAUUUGAGGUCAUGCGACUUAUGUAUAAUAGCUGUGAAUGUUUUAUAUGUUUGUGUCCAGAAUGUUGUAUAUCACUAUGUUUUUUUUUUUUUUUUUUGCUAAGUUAUAUCACUAUGUUUAACUUUAACUUUUGAACAUUGUCACUUGAGUUUCUUCUUGAUUGUUUUAUCAGUGAUACGCUUGCUGAAAACAUUAUACAUUUACGUUGAUUUACCACCUUCAUUAAUCCAAAGUGUACAAGGUUGAUGAAAGGAAGUUUAUACUAUAAAUAUAAGUAUGGAUUUGUCGUUUGACUGUCGGAAGAAACUAAACCGCAACAGCCAGUUCCAGCCUGUAUGGCUGUAUCUAAUCGUGUAAUAAUUGGCCUCUACGUGCAUGCAUAUGCAUAUAUAUGCCAUACAUAUAUAUUGGUGAGAGCUAGUAUUAAUGAGACAAGGAGCCUUUUUUACUUAUACAUUAACUUCUCUAUUGAGUCCUUCGAUCCAUGGCUGCUACUUCAUCAUCAUUUGGUGCACACGUGCGUUCAACAAGCUGGCCCGAAAACGUUCAUCCUCUGUCACGAUCCAUCGAAGAUCAUCUUCUGAUACUUAAGAAAAGUCCAGAGUCUGCUUGUCGGAAACUCGGAGUUUUAAAGAACAUGUACGAGGUGGUCGAAGUUUUCCUCCGUUUUCAAUCGACCAAAACUCAAAAAGCGUUUCUAGAAGAUGUCUCCGAUGGGUUUCUUGAGGUUCUUGAUAUCUGUUACACGAUCAGAGACGUUUUGAUGGAGGCAAAAGAGCAAGUCAGAGAACUCGAGUCGAGCUUGAGGAGGAGAGUGAUCAGAAGCAAAUCAGGAGGAGAUCAUGAUGCUUUCUUGACACGUGAGAUCGACGCAUACGUGUUUAAGAGAAGAGUCUUGAGCAGAAAGAUUGGCAAGCAGUUGAAGAUGAAGAUUAAUAAGAAGAAGAAAGAUUGUGGAGGUGCCAUCAAUGUGAUGAAGAAAGUUAAGGAGACGAGCUUCGAUGUUCUUGUUUCUUUGUUGAUGGAAGUGGUGACGAUGAAUCAUAAGCAGAUAUCAAGAAGUGGUUGUAGAGGAAUCAUGUCGAGGAUGUUUAACAAGAAGAAUCAAGAAGUUGAAGGUGAUGAGCUGAAGAAGUUGAUAGAAACAGAGCAAAUGAUUGAAUCAACAGAAGGAGAGUUGGAGUGUGUGUAUAAGAAAUUGUUGAAGACGAGAGUUUCUCUUCUUAACAUGCUUACUCAUUGAAACUGAAACUAUGUAACUUUCCUAGAAA